GGGCCCCCGCCGGGCCCAUGGGCUGCGGGGCCGAGCUGGCGCGCUGAGCGCGGCGCGGCUCCCGGGUGCGGGCCGGAGGCGAGCGUGAGCGAGGUCUGGCACCAUGCCUGGUCCCACCAAGCCCUAGGCCGCAGCCCCUGCGCACGUCCGGGGUCACCCCCUGCCACCGCCCACGGCCACACCAUGGCCGGGGACCGGCUCCCUCGGAAGGUGAUGGAUGCCAAGAAGCUGGCCAGCCUGCUGCGGGGCGGGCCCGGGGGGCCUCUGGUCAUUGACAGCCGCUCCUUCGUGGAGUACAACAGCUGGCACGUGCUCAGCUCCGUCAACAUCUGCUGCUCCAAGCUGGUGAAGCGGCGGCUGCAGCAGGGCAAGGUCACCAUCGCGGAGCUCAUCCAGCCCGCCGCCCGCAGCCAGGUGGAGGCCACGGAGCCGCAGCACGUGGUGGUCUAUGACCAGAGCACGCGGGAUGCCAGCGUGCUGGCCGCAGACAGCUUCCUGUCCAUCCUGCUCAGCAAGCUGGACGGCUGCUUCGACAGCGUGGCCAUCCUCACAGGGGGUUUCGCCACCUUCUCCUCCUGCUUCCCUGGCCUAUGUGAGGGCAAGCCGGCUGCCCUGCUGCCCAUGAGCCUCUCCCAGCCCUGCCUGCCCGCGCCCAGCGUGGGCCUGACCCGCAUCCUGCCCCACCUCUACCUGGGCUCUCAGAAGGACGUCCUGAACAAGGAUCUGAUGACCCAAAACGGAAUAAGCUACGUCCUCAAUGCCAGCAACUCCUGCCCCAAGCCUGACUUCAUCUGUGAGAGCCGCUUCCUGCGCGUUCCCAUCAACGACAACUACUGUGAAAAGCUGCUGCCCUGGCUGGACAAGUCUAUCGAGUUCAUCGAUAAAGCCAAGCUGUCCAGCUGCCAGGUCAUCGUGCACUGUCUGGCCGGCAUCUCCCGCUCCGCCACCAUCGCCAUCGCUUACAUCAUGAAGACAAUGGGCAUGUCCUCCGACGACGCCUACAGGUUCGUGAAGGACCGGCGCCCGUCCAUCUCGCCCAACUUCAAUUUCCUGGGCCAGCUGCUGGAGUACGAGCGCAGCCUGAAGCUGCUGGCCGCCCUGCAGGGGGAGGGCGCCUCCCACCCCGGGACGCCAGAGCCCCUCCCGGGCCCUGCAGCCACACUGCCGCCGCUGCCACCACCUACCUCAGAGAGGGCCGCCGCCGCCGGGAGCGCCGCGGCCACUGCCUCCAGGGAGGGCGCACAGAUUGCAGGCGGGGAGACCCCCACGCCCGCUGGCGCCGCCGCACCGGCCACCAGCGCGCUGCAGCAGGGCCUGCGCGGCCUGCACCUCUCCUCCGACCGCCUCCAGGACACCAACCGCCUCAAGCGCUCCUUCUCGCUGGACAUCAAGUCGGCCUAUGCUCCCAGCCAGCGGCCCGACGACCCCGGGCCCCCCCCCGCGGAGGCCCCCAAGCUCUGCAAGCUGGACAGCCCGUCGGGGGGCGCGCUCGGCCUGCCCUCGCCCAGCCCCGACAGCCCGGACCCGGCGCCCGAGACGCGCCCGCGGCUGCGCCGGCGGCCCCGGCCUCCAGCCGGCUCCCCGGCGCGCUCCCCCGCGCACGGCCUGGGCCUGAACUUUGGCGACGCCGCCCGGCAGACUCCGCGGCACGGCCUCUCGGCCCUGUCGGCGCCCGGGCUGCCCGGCCCCGGCCAGCCGGCCGGCCCGGGCUGGGCGCCGCCGCUCGACUCGCCGGGCACGCCGUCGCCCGACGGGCCCUGGUGCUUCCGCCCCGAGGGCGCGCAGGGCGCGGGCGGUGCGCGGUUCGUCCCCUUCGGCCGCGCCGGCGGGCAGGGCGCGGGCGGCGGCGACCUGCGGCGGCGGGAGGCAAGGGCCGAGUCCCGAGAAGCGAGGACCGGCUGGCCGGACGAGCCGGCCCCCGAGACGCAGUUCAAGCGCCGGAGCUGCCAGAUGGAGUUCGAGGAGGGCAUGGUGGAGGGGCGCGCGCGCGGCGAGGAGCUGGCCGCCCUGGGCAAGCAGGCCAGCUUCUCGGGCAGCGUGGAGGUCAUCGAGGUGUCCUGACCGCGGCCCCCCCCCCCGAAAUCUAUAUUCUAUAUAAUGCAAAGAAAGGUAAAUGGUUUUACUGCGAUUUUUAUCGAGAAGUAAAUAUUUCGAUUUUUUAUUUAUUUAAGCUGUUCAUUCUGGCAAUGAUUUGGCAACAGUGCGGGCGGUCCCCGGAGCUCUAUUUUUACUGUCUGGUAUUUAAACCGAAACCCAUGUUUCUAAGCAAUAUGAGGCCACCCUCGGUUGCAAGCUGGGGUGCCAGGCCUGGGGUCCCCUCCCCACCCCCUCCCCCAGGAAACACUGCUGACCGUUGCAAAGAGGCUGCUGAGCUUUUUCUGCACUUUUUACAUAAGAAAAGGGGAAAAAGGAUAAAAAAAACUUUGCCACAAACUGAGCCGCAGAGCCGCCCUGCCCGCCCCCACCUCUUCCUGUUCUCUGCUUUCCCAGGCUCGGCACCAAAGCCAUAGGUGGGAGGAGGUGCCCCCCCCACCCCAGUGGGUGUGGCCGGGGAGGCGCUGCCAGCCCCCUGGCUGCUGGAGGCGCCAGGUCUUGGUGCCACAGAGAGCACCCCCACUGCCCAUCCCCCGGGCCUGUGGCCUGGCAGGUGUUGAGGGACCAGGGUGUUCAGAGGGUUGGGGCCAGGUGAAGAGUGUCAGGUGACCGGGGGCCCCCACUCCUGCCAGAGCCUGGGUCCAGGGUCCAGGGCUCAGAGGAGGCUGUCCCCCUCUCCUCAGCUUUGUGGGUGCCCCUUAGCGCCAGCUGCCAAGAGGAGGACCUUGGCCCCAGGGGAGGCCGGAGGGACCCGCUGGGCAAGCCAGUGCUGGCUUCGCUGGUCUGGGGGCAGGUGCAUUUAGGGUCUUGUUCUGGGCUCUUGCCCCCCAGGCUCCCAGCCAGUGCAGGAAUGUCCCUGAGGACCGGCUGCCUUGCAGAGGGAGGGGCCGUUGGCACUCCCAGACCCUUAGGCUUGGGGGUGGGGGUGGGGGCCUUAGUUGGGAGGGCCUCCUGCAGGCAGGGGAAGAUCCCUGUGGGAGCAGGUGCAGGAGGCGUCCUGUCCCCUGUCCGCCCCAGCCCCCACAGGGUCCCCGGGGAGCCCGCCCCUGCGGAGUCUCCAGCUGUCUUCCAGGUGACAUGCCCGGUCGGUCCGGGUGGGGCAGCCUGGGGGUGCGGGCGGGAGAAAAUGCCCCACCGCCCCUGCCCUCUCGGGUCAAGGGGACCCGAGGCUUCUGGAGGCAGGAGUAGGUGUCCCCUGACCUCCGUCUAGGGGCAGGGGCUGGUCACCUUGGGAAGAGGCCAGGGGCUUGGCGGGAGGGGGGAAGGCCGGCCGGGGCAGGACAGUCCCCAGCCGGCGGGGGAGGGGGGUCUGCCCCCAGCUGCCCUCGGCUGUUUCUUCUGUUUGUUCUUUUGGCUCCCAGCCCUGUGUCCCUGUCCCCCCUCCUUUGAGCAGAAGUCCUGUCCCUGUCCCCUCUGUCCCCACCCCGUUCCCCGAGAAAAUAAGCUAUCAUUGUUGUAUUUGCAAUCUAUGGAUGAGAGGUUUAAGUAUUUAUUAUUAUUGGUUAAUGAUUCUGAUGGUCGAAUAUGUAAUCUGCCUCCCGUCCGUCUGUCUGUCGCGGCGGGUUUCUGAGGUGACCCUGGGUGCGCAAGAUGCACUGCCCCCCUCACGCCCCCCCCCGGGGGGCCACUGGCUGGGCCCCAGCUCUCUGGGGGCAGGUGCUGCAGCCGCCCCUGCCCCCGUCCUUCCCCAGGGCUGCAGCCGUCCUGGGGCUUCUGUCCUGGGGCGCGUGGAGGCUCUUGCUCUGCGUCCUGACCCAGCUGCCCUCCUGUGCUGGGGGGACGGCCAGGCACUGGGCCAGAGCCCUCCCUGGUCACCUCCGCACACCGUCCAAGGCGCCAGCCAGUCCCCUCCCAGUCUCUCAGCCCUCCCGCCCCUCCGGCCCCUGGGCCCUGGCAUGGGGGGGGGUCCCCCAGAAUGGACCCAGCCCCCUCCUAUUAUUUGCUGGAAAGUCCAGCGGAGGAGAGGUGGCUGGUCCCCCCGCAGGGCUCCCGGUCUCUCUGGACCGGGCAGCCCACCCACCUGCCCGCCCCCCUCAGAGCCCCGCCCCCAGCGCCACCCCUCCCCCCGCACCCCCAUCCCGUCCCCUUCUUUUGUAUUUGGAAACAACGUGUUGUAAUAAACCUGAGAUGGAUGUUUUC